AUGGUGGUGGCGCCAGGAACCUGGUGUGGCAGCGGGAGGAAGGUGCGGGCGGUGGCGGCUCGAGUGCGGGCGCGAGCAGCGAGCGCUGGGAAGCUGCUGUUGCAGCGGCGGCUGGGCAAGGCGCCGGGAAGGACAAGGCGGUGGCCGUCCAGGGAGGCGGCGCUAGGAUGGCGCCUCAACAACAGCUGCAGCAGCGUACAGGGAAAACUCCUAUCCCUGGUGAUGCUUCAUGUCUCAACUGUGGGAGUAUGGCACAUUUUACUGCUCGUUGUCCUACAAUUAGAUGUGAAAGGUGUGACUAAAGAUCGUGCCUCCUGUUUGUUGAUAACUGUGCUAGAAGGUAACCCGUCAUCCAGGGACCUUGAGAAAGAGUUCACUGAGUAUCUAGGGUCAGGUUGGAGGUGUACUGCUCGUCCUAUAAAUUCUACUCAGUAUACUAUGAGGUUCCCUAGUGCAAAAGAGGUUGAUAAAGCCUUAUUCUAUGGUAAUCGUAUGCAAAUGAAAACCUUUGAUGCAAUGCUGAAUUUGUCUCCUUGGUCUGCGGCUGUUGGUACCUCUGGGAUGUUGCAUAAAGCCUGGGUACGUGUUAGAAACAUUCCCCUUGAGAAGCGCAAUGAUAAACAUGUUGCUUAUGCUGGUUCUUUGGUGGGGGUUACACUUGAGGUGGACCAAGCCACUUUACACAAACCUGACUUUUGUAGAAUCCUGUUGGGGUGCAGAGACAUUGAUAACCUUCCUGAUUCUGCUGAGGGUGUGUUGGGAGAUUUUUUUUAUAUCUUCUCCUAUGAAAUUGAGUCUGUUGUGUUUAAAGGGCCUCCUGUUGUGAGAAAUGUUGUGACUGUGACUAAUACUUACACACCACCGUCCCCUAAACGUGCCAGGACAGAGAAUUAUUCUGCUAUGUCUGAUGCCUCUGCUGAUGGGUAUGCUUCUACUGAUCAAUCUGUUGGUACUGGUUAUGGGAGAACACGUGGACAUGUUCUUGAGACGGUUUCAGAGCAUGAAUCUGAGGAAGAAAGCGAAUAUGAUUCUGAACUCCUUAUUGACUCUAUUGCUAGAGAAAAUAGGGAUAAACAUGCUAAGAUGGACAAGGAGGAACCUGUGGUAGUUAAUACGGGUGUGGAUACUAGCAUAGCUGUUGAGGAAAUUGCGGAGAAAAGGCUUGUCAAUACUAUGGCACCUGUUACUCCAGUGGUGGAAAAAGAAAGUAUUUCCCCUGAUAAUGGAAGACCUGGCAAGCAAUUGAUACCGAGCUAUGUUGCGGCUGUGAUGGGACCAACAUGGCCGGCAGCUCCUGUGGUUACUGAAGUUGGGAUGAAUGAAGCGAUUGGGGGAGAAGAAAAUGCUGCUUAUUUUGUUCAGUCUCCUUCACCGACAUCUGCCGAAAAAGAAGAUUUGCCUCCUGUAGAGAAAAUGGUGCCUCCGGUGGGUGAUAUGAGGGACAACCUUCGUGAUCCCAUAGGCAAAAUGGGUUCGGUGGUGGAACAAGCUGCAACUUUGUCCAAGAAAAGGAACCUGGAAGCAUCUAUCAUCAACUCGGCUGUGCCUUGUGGGCGGUACCUGGAGCUUGUAUGCCUGGUCAAGAGCAUACCAGAUACCUUCACAUCAUUAUGCACUUAUCUGAACUCAUUCAUAUGCCCUCUGAUUGAAGAAGUGCAUGCUGAUGUCUUUUCAUCAUUGGACGGCUAUGCUCAGGCAAGCUUUAUACAAAUAAUCUGGGUGGAAAAGCUUGAUGAUGAAAAAUCAAUAUACUGCUUUGAGGUUUCCGAGCCAUCAAAGGAUCAGAAGUCAAGGCAUACAUAUGAUCCUAAGGAGGGGGACAUAAUAGUUGUAUCCUUGCGGAAACCGCAGCACGUGUCUGAUUUGAUACAAAGUAAGGCAUCAUAUGUUUUAGGUUCAGUUCUGAAAUGUGGAGGCAGAGAAGAUGAUGACUUCCCAAACAACUGUUGUAUUGUUCGGUUUUCAUCUGCUAUUCCUGUUCAAGUUGAUCCAGAAACAAAAAUGCCUACAAGGCCAUCAUUUGCUGUUUUUCUCAUAAAUAUGAAGACUUACAACCGUAUAUGGAAGUGCCUUCGUAUGGAAGCGGAACGCCAGAACAAGAGUAGUACUGGCGUCGUCGAUCUGGUGUGGCAAUACAAGCGAAGGGUAUUGGAUGCUAGCUCGUCAGGCUCCCCGAUAUCUCAAUGCUUCACUCAUAGAUCAAUUCAUGGUCUUGGCCUUGAGAAGUUCAACCUAAAUGAUUCACAGCUGAAUGCAGUAACAGACUGUGUCUCAGCAAUUGAGAACCAUUCGCCUUCCCUAAAACUUAUAUGGGGUCCCCCUGGGACAGGUAAAACAAAAACCAUUAGUACUAUCCUGUGGGCAAUGCUCAUCAAGGGAGUAAAGACACUUACCUGUGCACCAACCAAUACUGCCGUACUGGAAGUUGCAUCUCGAAUUGUCAGGCUUGUUGGAGAGUCAUCAGAUGGCAGCCUCUGCUUUCUGAAUGAUAUUGUCCUGUUUGGAAAUAAAGAGAGGAUGAAAAUAGAUGAUCGUCAUGAUCUUUCCAUGGUUUUCCUUGACACGCGUGCAGAGCGGUUGUUGCCAUGUUUCGUACCACAUACUGGUUGGAGGCAUUGCUUGUGCUCAGUGAUAGAUCUUCUUGAGAAUCCUGUUACCAAGUACAAAUUGCACAUUGAAAAAAUUAUUGAGGAAAUGAAGAGGGAAAAAGAAAUAUCUGAAAAGGAUGGGGACAAACCCCUCCGGUGCAAGGACAGGAAAUCUUUGCCCCCACGUUAUCCUUUACGUUCCAAUCCCAACUCCAAAGAUCAUCUGGUAGCACCUCUCUCAGUGUUCCGCAAGACAAUACAUAACAGGCCUGAAGACGAGGAAGAAGAGUGCCAUAAAGAAGGAUUAUAUGAUUCUGAAGCUAUGAUGGAAGCAUUCAGAAUACUGCCGUUCAAGGAUUAUUUGAAAGAUAGCUACACCAAACUAUCAAAGGAUUUGUGUUGUUGCAUUGAGAUACUGUACACCGAUCAUCCAAGAAAUUCAGAAACAGGACAGAGCUUUCAGUGUAUGCUGGAAGUGCUUGAAUUGAUAGAAAUCCUGCACGAUUUGAUAAAUUGUUACUGGGAUAGUGAUGAUAUAUGGUCAGAUAAACUUCUCGAGGGCAAGGUAGACGAGGAUUGUAAACCUCUUUCCUGGCCUGAGAAGCUAGCCUGUGUGCGGACUAAUACAUGCAAGAAAUCGAAGUUCAAGCUGGCCAGAUCCCUGUGUGUUCAAGAGCUAAGAUAUCUUCACAAAAACUUUGAGCUUCCAAAUUAUUACAGCGGGAAGCAAAUUCAGCUGUAUCUGCUGCAGAGAACAAAAUGCAUUCUCUGUACAGUUUCCAGCUCUUUCAGGUUGUACGGUGUGCCGAUGGAUAGAUCUACUACUGAUAUUGGCCAAUUACUAAAGAAGCCUGAAAAGUCAAAUCUUCUAGAGUUGCUGAUUGUCGAUGAAGCUGCACAGCUCAAAGAGUGUGAGACGUUAAUUCCUUUGCAGCUGCCUGGCAUAAAGCAGGCUGUUUUUAUUGGAGACGAAUAUCAGUUACCUGCUCUGGUGAAAAGCAAAAUAUCUGACAAUGCUAACUUCGGGCAAAGUGUUUUUGAGAGGCUAAGUAUGCUGGGCUAUAGUAAGCACCUUCUCAAUGUGCAAUACAGGAUGCAUCCAAAAAUAAGCAAAUUUCCAGUUGUCACAUUUUACGAUGGCAAGAUAUCUGACGGUCCAAAUGUCACUAGUAAGAGCUAUGAAAGGAGGUUCUUAGCAAGCAAAAUCUUUGGGUCAUACUCAUUCAUAAAUGUAGAUGGAGGACAUGAAACAACUGAGAUGCAUGGGCGUAGCCUGAAAAACACAAUUGAAGCUGCUGCAGUUUCACGGAUAGUGCAGAGGUUGUGCAAAGAGUCAGUCUCUACAGGAAUCAAGAUCUCUGUUGGUGUUGUGUCCCCAUAUAAUGCUCAAGUUAGAGCAAUCCAUGAAAAACUCGGGAAAUCCUACAAUAAGUAUGAUGGUUUCUCUGUGAAAGUGAAAUCUGUGGAUGGUUUCCAAGGUGCCGAGGAAGAUAUUAUUAUCAUAUCAACAGUGAGGAGCAACAAAGCUGGUUCUGUUGGAUUUCUCACAAACAUGCAGAGGACCAAUGUAGCUCUUACAAGGGCUAAGCACUGUUUAUGGAUAGUAGGAAAUGGGACGACUUUGUCCAACAGCAGGUCUGUUUGGCAGAAGAUAGUCACAGAUGCCCACCAUCGAGGUUGCUAUUUUGACGCUAGCGAAGACAAAGAUCUGUCAAAUGCAGUAAUCAAGGCUGUCGUUGAGCUUGACGAUGCUGAGAAUUUAGUGAAGAUGGACUCGCUGCAUAUAAGCAGGCCAAGGUUUCAGAACUCAACGCCUGGAAACCGUUGGUGAGAUGUCAGGAGCCCCCAAAUAGUAUGCAUUGAUUGCAUGAUGUAUUUUGUCACCGUGUCAGUCUAAAGAAACGUUCCAUCUGCAUUAGUAUGGCGCGGC